AUGCCAAACAAGAUAAGAAAUGACCUUCACAAGGUCGAUACAACCUCCUUUGAUUACAUAUAUGAGGAGAAUGCGACCAUCCCAUUGAACGAAGGUCGUGGCAUUGUUCGUUGCAACAUCUUUAGACCCAAAGCAGCCGAAGGUGCCAAAUUCCCUGUCCUUGUGACAUACGGACCGUAUGGCAAGGAUGUUCACUAUUCCGUUUUCCAUGCAUCGUCUUUUGCAGAAGUCCCCGAAGAGCAUCACUCUCCACAUUCGGCUUGGGAGACUCCCGAUCCUGGAUACUGGACCAAGCAUGAAUAUGCUAUUGUUCGAGCCGAUGAGGUCGGUCUUGGUCAGUCACCGGGUGUGCUUAACACCAUGUCCAGAGACACCAGUCUCGCAUUCAAGGAUGUGAUCGAAUGGGCCGCCGCACAACCAUGGUCUUCCGGCAAGGUCGGUUUGUUGGGCAUCAGUUACUACGCCGGCAGUCAAUGGCGAGUGGCGGCUCGUCGACCCAAGGGACUCGCCUGUAUUGUGCCAUGGGAGGGGAUGAGUGACUAUUACCGGGAUCGAUGCAGACAUGGUGGCAUCCUCAGUAAUACUUUUAUUGAUUUCUGGUGGAAUCGUCAGGUCAUCGUCAAUCAAUAUGGCCGUCCAGGACGAGCAGCUCGCAAUUGGGGUCCAGACACGAUCGAAGGCAAUCUACCUGAAGAAGAGCUGCGGGCCAACUGUCACGACCAAAACAUCGACAACGUCAAGAACCGGUUUCUGGACGACGAAUACUACGCCACCAAAGACUAUGACAUUUCCGACAUUGAGGUUCCUCUACUGUCGGUAGGCAACUGGGGUGGUAUCCUGCUGCACCUCCGAGGCAACGUCGAAGGGUGGAUGAAUGCCAGCUCCAAACACAAAUACCUCAGGUUUGUCACCGGCAGACACGACUUGCCCUUUUACACCAAGGAAUGCGUAGACAUGCAACACAGCUUCCUCGACGCUUUCCUCAAGGGCAAUGACCCUCUCGGAUGGUCCAGGGGAGAGCAACCCACGGUGGGAUACAAGGUCAGGGUAGGGGAUGUCGGGUUCAACGACGCGGCGGCCGAGACUGCCUACCCGACGAGAUACGGCUCUCAAUGGCCCAUCCCUGAUACUCGAUACACAAAGUAUUUUCUGACGCCGUCGCAAGGUCUACAAGACAAGCCUAGCCAAGAAGAGGGCAAAUUGUCCUACAAGGCAUUGGGAGAUUUGAAGAACCAGCAACUCGUCCAGUUUACCAGUGCACCAUUCACGGAGGAAACCGAAUUCACUGGUCACGUCGUCGCCCAUUUGAACGUGUCGGUUACCCCUGGAGAAGGUUCAACGACAAAACCCAGCGACAUUGACCUCUUCUUGACCGUCCGACACUUGAACGCCGAGGGUAAAGAAAUCCUCUACACCGGUACGGUCGGAGAUCCCGUCCCGAUCACGAAAGGAUGGCUUCGGGUUGGUCUGCGCAAGGUCAACGAGAAAAGUCCAAGACAUCAAACUCCGUGGCACCCACACCGAGAGUACCUGUCUACCGAUUACUCACCACUGGCCCCUGGCGAGGUUUACCCUGUUGAUAUCGAGAUCUGGCCGACCAACGUUGUCAUGUCGAAGGGUGACCGUCUGGUGUUUGAAGUUUCUUCAGGUGACACCCAAGGUGCUGGACUGUUCGAACACAAUUCAAAGGACGACAGAAGCCAGGAAACGUUUGCCGGGAACAAUCAUGUUCAUUUCGGAAAGGAUUAUGAGAAUUGGUUGUUGAUGCCUGUGGUACCGACGAAGAAGAAUGCAUGA